AUGUUCCUCCUGAACUGCCUCAGGUAUCUCAUGGGCUUCCUGCUCAUUGUUCUGCGUCAUCAAACCAGCUGCCUUACAGCGUCGGCAAAUACCAAUUUCCCAAGUGAUAGCUGCGUAUCAAUUCCUCAAGUGGCUGACACCCCUCCAGGGAGCACUGUUGCAAGUCCUUCACCAGAGACAACAGGAAGUCCAAUACGGGGUAAAAGAGGUCUCGCCUAUAACGACGCCACCCUCACCUACCUCUUCGCAAACCAGUCCUCUGUGAGCUGGGGUUAUAACUGGGCUCCAUUCGCCAACGGCUCUCUUGCCUCGAACCUUGAAUUUAUCCCGACGCUCUGGGGUCUUAAUGAAGACGCGACGUCUUCGUGGUUUACGCAGGCCUCCUCCGCCAUCAGCUAUGGAUCAAAACAUCUCUUCUCUUUUAAUGAGCCAGAUAUCGCGACACAAGCAAAUCUCACUGCCUCCGAGGCGGCCGAUGGGUUCAUACAGUAUAUGAAUCCCUUCCACGACCAAGCCGAGUUGGCCGCUCCGUCGGUGACGAAUGGACUCGGCGACUCACUCGGCCUUGACUGGUUGUCCUCAUUCUUCGACGCCUGUGCAGGGAGGUGUUUAGUCGACGUCGUCAACAUCCACUGGUAUGGCUCGGCAAUCGAACCGUCGGAUUUCCAAGCGUUCGUAUCGAACGCUUCGGCAUUGGCAGCGCAAAACGGCGUGAGAGCUCUUUGGAUUACGGAGUUACGCGGCAAUGGAGACAUAGACCAACAAUUGCAGUUUUUGGGAACAGUCCUGCCGUGGCUCGACGGGAACAACAACGUCUCCGGCUAUGCUUGGUUCAUGUGUGCCGCGGGGGACGGCAACUUGGACGAUUUUACUCCUAUGCGGCAAAGGAAGAGAAUCAAAUAA